AUGUCAAAUUCUGGCAAACUCCCAGAAUGUUUGAAUCUCAAAGUCUCGAUUGUGAAUUUGAGGAGUCCCAGUAUUGCUAUUACUACUGCUGAUCUUCUCCUGCCCGACUAUAGCUGGGACAUUCAUUUCUGGUUCUACGGUCCUAGAAUAUGGAAAAUUAUGUUAAAGGAGGGGAAGUGGAAUAUGAAGGAACAUACUAUUGUUGUUGACUUUCCAAUUACUUUUUGUGGUCAUGAAUCAAAUGCUCGGUUUUGGUUUGGGGGGGGGGUUCGGAGGUGGUUGGUUUGGCCUGCGGCGAUGAUUUGCCCGAGUGAUUUGGUUAAUUGUGCGUUGAUGUAUGCUUUGCGUGACCGUAGUCCGUCAAAUCCAGCUGAAACAAAUGAUUGGAGUAUCUCGAAAUGUAAAUGGUUUAUGUAUAUCAUGAGCGGAUCAUUCAUAUGGUAUUUCUUCCCCGGUUGGAUUUUCCAAGGUCUCUCAUAUUUUACAUUUGCCCGCUGGAGAGCACCCAAAAAUCCCGUCGUCAAUCAGCUUUUCGGCGGUGUUAUGGGUUUGGGUUUAAUCCAUAUUACAUUUGAUUGGACUGUUGUUUCUGGAUAUUGUAUUUCGCCCUUGAUACCUCCCUGGUAUGCUAUCGCCAAUACCUUAAACGGUCUAUUCAUUUUCGUUAGCAUUAGCUCGCUAGGUGUUCAUUAUACCGGAACAUGUCGAAUUCUCGAUGCAAAUCUAGAAUUUAGUGAAGAGUUGUAUCGGAAAUAUUCGCCUGUUUUUUUGUCGACCGCUUUUGCGUUGAAUUAUGAUACCGAGGCAAAACCAUUUGGAGACAAUGGAAACAAGCUCGGAAUCAAGAAGAUGAUAUUCACAUGA